ACAAAGCCCUCCUAUUCUCCCGCACCAACCAAACCCAAGAGGCGGGGGAAGCCAUGGCGAGCGCGUCGGUGCCGGCCGCCGGCUACGGCGCGGACGGCGUGUACCGCUCGCUGCGCCCGCCCGCGCCCGUCGCGUCCGACCCGGGCCUCUCCCUCACCGACCUCCUCCUCCGCCGCGCCGACGCCUGCCCCUCCGCGGUCGCGCUCGCCGACGCGGCCGCCGGCGGCCGCGCCCUCACCUUCGCGGAGCUGAGGUCGGCCGUCCUCUCCACCGCCGUCGCGCUCUCCUCCCGCGCGGGCGUGCGACCCGGCGACGCCGUGCUCCUCCUCGCGCCCAACUGCGUGCUCUACCCGGUCUGCUUCUUCGCCGUCACCGCCCUCGGCGCCGUCGGCACCACCGUCAACCCGGACUACACCCCGCGGGAGAUCGCCAAGCAGGUCUCCGACGCGCGCGCCAAGCUCGUCAUCACCAUCUCCGCCCUGGUGCCCAAGAUUGCGGGGCUCCGCCUCCCCGUCAUCCUCCUCGACGACGACGCGAACGCCGCGGCCGCCUCCUUGCCUCCGGACGCCACCGUCACGCUCUACACCAACCUCGUCGCCGGCGUGAAGGAGGCGGAUUACCGCCGCCCACCAAUCAAGCAGAGCGACACGGCGGCUCUCCUCUACUCGUCGGGCACGACGGGGGAUAGCAAGGGCGUCAUCCUGACGCACCGCAACUUCAUCGCCGCGGCGAGGAUGGUGACCUCCGACCAAGACGAGCGCCGGGAGGGGCCCAACGUGUUCCUCUGCUUCCUCCCCAUGUUCCACAUCUUCGGCCUGUCCGUCAUCACGUACGCGCAGCUGCAUCGCGGGAACGCCAUCAUCGCCAUGUCGCGGUUCGACAUCAACUCCCUGAUGGAGGCCGUGCAGAGGCACCGCGUCACGCACCUGUUCUGCGUGCCGCCGGUCAUUAUCGCGCUCGCCAAGCACGGGAAGGCCGGUAAGUACGAUCUCAGCUCUCUCAAGUUCAUCGGCUCCGGCGCCGCGCCGCUCGGCAAGGAUGUGAUGGAGGUCGUGGCCAAGAAAUUCCCGGACAGUGAGAUUGUUCAGGGUUAUGGUAUGACUGAGACUUGUGGAAUCAUAUCGCUCGAGUACCCAGAAAAAGGACAGGCUCGUGAAUUUGGGUCAACUGGCACGCUUGUCUCAGGAGUUGAGGCAAAGAUUGUCGACAUAAAGACAUUAAAACAUCUACCGCCCAAUCAAGUAGGAGAAAUUUGUGUUCGAGGGCCAAAUGUAAUGCAAGGGUAUUUCAACAAUGUGCAAGCUACUGAAUUUACAAUCAAGCAAGGGUGGUUGCACACUGGUGAUCUUGGAUACUUCGACGGAGGAGGCCAGCUUUUUGUUGUUGAUAGACUUAAAGAACUGAUUAAGUACAAAGGUUUCCAGAUUGCACCUGCCGAGCUUGAAGGGUUACUUCUAUCUCAUCCAGAGAUUCUAGAUGCUGUUGUUAUCCCGUUUCCUGAUGCUAAAGCUGGGGAGGUUCCCAUUGCCUAUGUUGUUCGGUCACCUGACAGUUCAUUGACAGAAGUUGAUGUCCAAAAAUUUAUUGAAAAACAGGUGGCGUACUACAAAAGAUUGAAGAGAGUUACCUUUGUGGGCAGCGUGCCCAAAUCAGCUUCAGGAAAGAUUCUGAGAAGGCAGCUUAUCGCCCAAGUGAGAUCAUCCAAGUUGUAGCAAAUUAAUCUGCUUCUCUUUGGGAAUCAAUCGUGCUUAUGUUUUGCCUUGAUUCAGCCAUUUUCAAAACUUGUCCGCGAAGGUUUAUGUAGCAUUGUGAAGACCACGUGAAUGUAUGAUGUAUCAGAAUGGAACCCCCAUACUGUGCAUUAUAAUAAUGGAACAUAAAUGCCAAUUUCAAGAUAACAUACUCUGGAAA